CAGGAUGAGAGGACUGCCUGAUCACAAACACACUUUUGGAGGAAAAGGUCCUCACAUAAACCCUGACUUGAGAGAAGCGAGAACUUCACCAAGGAGCGGCGUGCUGAGUGGAUGGCUUUCAACAACAUCCUGGAGCUUCCGUGGGAUGCAGCAAACUUUGUGGCCAGAUUCUUCAAAGAAGGACGAGGAAGCUGCCUGCCGGGUGGGUGGAGGGUUCACAGCGAGCAGGAACAAGCUGCUUCAGCUAAGCAAUGGGCUGUUUCUAAUCAAGAGGUGGGGUUUCGCUAUGCUGCCCACUCCGGUCUCCAGCUCCUGGCCUCAAGUGAUUCUCCCACCUCAGCCUCCCAAAAUGCUGGCAUUACAGGCACGAGGCACCAUGCCCAGCCUGUAGGAUCGUACUUAACGUAAGAUUUUAUUGAUACAUUUUGAGAGAUGUCUCUGACUAUUCACUUCCUUUAGGCUUUAUAAUUUGUUUUCAAAUAUACAAUAGAGCAAACUAAAAAACAAAACUAUUAAACUCAAAACACAUACAAAA